GGCGGUUCGCGGCGAGCGGUUGGAUUCUCUCAGCGGAGAAACGCGAAUUCUUUGUGCGGCGGGUGAAAUCUUCGGCAGAAGAAACAACAAAGCGAAGCGACAAGUGUGGAGUGCAGGCCAAAAAAGAAAUACAUAAGUUCGAUUGUAGAAAAUCGUGAGCCAAACAAAUGAAUCGCAAAUAAAUGAGGCCAAUCAGCGGAGCAGAGCUGCGAAUUAUGGCACAAUAUUGCCUAUAAAUAGUGUAACCAUAGGAAAGAAAAAGUGGCAAACAAAUAAAACCAGACAAAUAAAAAGCAUAAAAAGGGAAAGAGCCGAGCCAAAAGCAAAGAAAACAGAAAUCGAAAGAACAAAGGCGGGUUCGUUGUGGGUCAAGAACGAAAGUUCGGCUCAGAAGUGCCCGUUGAUUGUGCAUUUUUUGGGACUUGGGAAGAGGUCAAGCCGCCUGCUACCUGUGGAGCUCCAUACCCCAUCCGCACCUGGACUGGCCUGGCGUGGCAAAGUCCACAAGUCCACCAGUUAUGACACAGCAACAGCCGCCGUGGCCGAGUCCGAGUUCGAGUUCGAGACCCAGGGGAAAAUGCUGGCUCAUCCUGGGCCUUCUAGCCGUUCUCUCGGUGGCAGAUGUUGCAGCCCUGCCCUUCCUGUUCACCAGCCUCAGGCCGCAGAACAACUGGACGCAGCCGGAAAUGGAGCGUUGGGUGAUUGAGGAGCAGCCGCGCAGCAUUCAGCCGCACCUGGAACCCAUGCUCCAUCCGAACCGCACCCAUCGCACCCUCACCUCGGACAGUUCCGACUCGGAGUUCCUCCAGAGAUUGGUGGACAUCCGCCAUAAUCAGACGGCGAGCUCGAGGAUGCUGUGGUACGAUGUGGCCGGCGGAGAUGGCCUGGUGUAUCCGCCCUUCGUGGACAAAGCCCUCAAGCUGCUGAACCUCAAGCAGGUGGCCUUCGAGAUCGAGAACAGUGUGAUGUCCAAGGUGACCUGCACAGCCUGCCGAGCUGGUGCCGGAAUGCUGCAGCAUCAGAUUCAAUCGGGCAAGACGGAUGCGGAGCUGAUCCGCAUGAUCACGGACUACUGCACCAAUCUGAAUAUCCAGAGUGCCCGGGUGUGCCAGGGAGUAGCCCAGCUCUUUGGCAGCGAGUUGAUAUACGUUCUGAAGAGGGUUAACCUGAGUCCGGAUGAACUCUGCAGCUUUGUCAUAGGUGACGGUUGUGCGGAUGUCUAUAAUCCGUAUCACGAAUGGGAGGUGAUCUUUCCGCCAGUGCCCAAGCCACCUCGUCUCGCUGAUCUGCCCAUUCCCAUGGAAGCUGCCCCCUUCUUCAAGGUCCUGCACAUCUCCGACACCCACUAUGAUCCGCACUAUGCGGAGGGCUCCAAUGCGGACUGCAAUGAGCCACUUUGCUGUCGCCUGACCAGUGGUCGUCCUGCCACGCCGAAUGCGGCCGCAGGGAAGUGGGGGGAUUACCGGAAGUGCGACACUCCCAAGAGAACAGUGGAUCACAUGCUGUCACACAUCGCAGAGACGCACAAGGACAUCGACUACAUCCUGUGGACGGGGGAUCUGCCGCCCCACGACGUGUGGAACCAGACGAAGGAGGAGAACCUGGCCAUCAUCAAGGACACGGUGAAGCAGAUGGUGGAAAUGUUUCCGGGCAUACCCAUCUUUCCAGCUCUCGGGAAUCACGAAAGUGCCCCGGUGAACAGCUUUCCACCGCCGUACGUCAACCAGGUGGACAUCUCCAUCAGCUGGCUCUACGAUGAACUCGAUGUCCAGUGGCGCCGCUGGCUGCCCCAAAGUGUGACCCACACUGUGCGACGAGGUGCCUUCUACUCGGUGCUGGUUCGCCCUGGUUUCAGGAUCAUCUCGCUGAACAUGAACUACUGCAACAACAAGAACUGGUGGCUGCUACUCAACUCCACAGAUCCCGCCACCGAAUUGCAAUGGUUUAUUUACGAACUUCAGAGUGCCGAGUUCUCCAACGAAAAGGUGCACGUCAUAGGCCAUAUUCCGCCAGGACACUCCGACUGCUUGAAGGUGUGGUCCCGCAACUUUUACAAGAUCAUCUCGCGCUAUGAGAGCACUGUGACUGCUCAGUUCUAUGGACACACGCACUACGAUGAGUUUGAAAUGUUCUACGAUCCGCAUGAUCUAACUCAUCCCAAUGGCAUUGCCUACAUUGGACCCUCUGUCUCCCCUUACUACGAUCUGAAUCCUGGCUAUCGGAUCUACUACGUGGAUGGUGAUCAUGAUUCCACCACACGACUGGUCAUUGACCACGAGUCCUGGAUAAUGAACCUCAAGGAGGCCAAUCUGUAUGGCUACCCUAUUUGGUACAAACUUUAUACAGCCCGAGCGGCCUACAACAUGAAGGCCCUGCGUCCCAGCGAUUGGAACAAUCUGCUCAACGAGCUGACCAAUAAUCAGGAGCUCUUCGAGCUGUACUACAAAUAUUACUGGAAAAACUCCCCGGCGCGACCCACCUGCGAUGCCGAGUGCAAAAAGCGACUGAUCUGCGACUGCCGAAGUGGACGGUCCCACGACCGGAAGCACUUUUGUGCCGAGGUCGAGUCCAAGAUCGACGAGGAGUCAUCCAAGUCCUGGAAGUCCUGGUUCUACAAGGGAUUGACCAACUCCUAUAGCCUGCUGUCCUCCAUCACCUACCUGCCCAAAUAUCUGCUGGGCUAUCGCUAAGAUAGCUUAUCUGAUCUGGAUCAGAAUCGGAGUCCCUCAACUGCAAGUCAAUGCAAUCGCAACGAAGGAAAACACCUACCCCAUAAGUUUACUAUGUGAUAACUAGUGCUUAAACCCCGUUUGUCUAAGUUUACGUUAAUGCAAUGAUGUCCCAAAACGGCCCGCCCCAAAAAGAAACCGUCGACUUUGAAACCUUAGAAACGCCCCUCGGAAACUGAGUCAGUGAACAAUAGUCAUUUAACUGUAAUCGAGUCGUUGUUGUUGCCCCUUGCUGAUGCAUUUCGGAGCGUGGCAGGUGCGCCCCCUACGUAAUGGAAAUUGUUGAACAAAUUACCUUUUAGACAACUAAUUGUAAUGCUAAUCUAGGGCUUAAAUUAAAUAAAGUGCAAUUAUUUUUAUAAAACUAAA